GUCAUUACGUACUAUUCGUGAAGAAAAUACCACUCUUACUAGCCACUCCGUAGUAUACCGUUAACGUACAUUUCCACGGCAAUGUACCAUUACAUUUCCUUCCAGGCAAAGUGGAAUUGUUUUGUGAAGUUUUCCCUCGGUCCAUUCCAGCCCGUCUCAUCUAGCUAAUCAUACAGCUAUCGGGUGUACGUUACGUUAACGGUGACUAACUAAUAACACGAUUUGAGAACAUGGCUGAAGGCGACUCCGGUGAUCGCUACGAGUUCGAUGCCCCGUCACACGUAGUCGACUUCAUAGAUCUGGACAAUGCCGAAAGUGAAGAUGUGUGGUUUGAACAACAGACUGGAGGAGCAGAUGGCCACCUUAAAACUCCUUUGGGGCCUGAACGAGGCUUUAGGAGAAGCCACGCGCUGGACCUGCCUAGAGCCACCAUAGCCCCUCAAGUCAUGGCAGAAAAGGACUCUGGUCCUAGUGUGUCCACAUCUCCACCUCCAAACAUGGUCACAUCCUGGGGGGAUGGUUCUCCUGCUCGGACUGGUGCACGACCGAAGAGGAGCGCUGCUCACCACCCCCCUGCCCAACCACGCAGGGUUUCAAAACGUAAGGAGUUGACCAGCGGUCUGGCUCCACCACCAUCAAAGAAACACAAAAAAACUCCUCCUCUUGCCCGAAGAUCCACUAGUGUCCUCCGUAGCAAGGUGCCGCAGAAUACCAGGACAGCGCCCAAGACCUCUUCCGCUACUGCAAACACAGAGCCAAACAGCUCUGAAGAACAGGAGCUGGAGCGCAUCAGAAACCUCCAGAAGGAAGUGGCAAUGCAUCGCAGGCAGAAUGAGGCCAGCUACAAGGCUGCUCUGGCUGGCAAUCCACCACCAAAGAAGUUGGUCCUGACAUCGACUGUGCCCAAAGAGUUCCACUUCAGCACCAACACUCGUGUCAAGGCGACCGCCUCAUCCAACGCAGCCCACAAGGAAGUGGACUUCAUCAAUCAGCUCCGCAAAGCCUCCUCCCCAACAAAGGCUAUGAGAGGCGCCACUGUGCCAAAACCCUUCAACCUGUCGACCAGCAACAAGAGAGAGGUGGAGGAGUCGGCUGCCUACGUGCCCAUGGCUGAGCAGAUAGAGCAGUUCCAGAAACGAACCCCUGACCGCUACCAUCUGCGAAGUCGCAGCAGUCAAGAGAGAGGGCCAGCAGCGGUGAAGUGUGAUAAGCUGAAGCUCACCCAGCCUCACACCCCUCACCUGAUGACCCGCCAGAGGAGCCGGCCAACCAACGUGAAGAGCAGUGCUGACCUGGAAGCUGAAGAGGUGGACAGACUCCACAAGUUUAAGUUCAAGGCCUUGGAGCUAAACAGGAAAAUUCUGGAGAGCAUCAAGCACCCAAAGAGGCCGGCAGUGAAGGAACCCACUAUACCCGAAGGCUUUGAGCUGCAGAUUGAAAAACGUCUCCAUGAGAGACAGGCCACCAAGAAGCCUCAGGGAGGGGAGGAGAAGGCGCACACCUUUAAAGCCCAGCCGCUGCCCAAAAAGAUCCUGGAAGGAGUCGUGGGAUUGCCGGAGAAGAAAGUUCUGCUUCCUACUGUGCCAGAGUCUCCAGCUUUUGCCCUGAAGAAGAGGGUUCGCAUGGAGAAGGUCGAGGAUAUCAAACCGCCUUCACCCAUCAAAGCCCCCGCAGUGCCUCAUUUUGGCCUCCCCAUCCAGCCCCAGCUACAAGAGAACCACCAUGUGGAUGUCUGUCCCUUCUCCUUUGAGGAGCGGGACCGAGAGAGGAGGGCGUUGAAAGAGAAGAAGCUGCAGGAAAUGCGAAAUGAAGAGGUACCGCAGUUCAAGGCCCAGCUACUGCCAGACUUCGACACUGUGCUCCUCCCCGAGAAGAAGAAGCUGGAGCCCACGAAGCCUGAGCCCUUCAGACUGCUGCUGGAUGAGCGGGGAGCUGUGAGGGGCACUCGCUGGGAGCAGAUGGUGAAAGAAGAGCAUAAACGAGAGGAAGUCGUAUUCAAAGCCAGGCCCAACACAGUCACUCAUAAAGAGCCUUUCCAGCCCAAAAAGGAGGCCCGGGCUUCAGUGGUUGUGGAGGCCUUUGAGCUGUCGACGGAGCGUCGGGCCGUGGAGUGGCAGGAAUACGAGCAGCAGGCCAGUGAGAAGGAGGCCCUCAGGAUGCUCAUGGAGGAAGAGCAGAGACGAGAGCAGGAGGAGAAGGAGAAGGAGGAUGUCGCCAGGCUGCGGCAAGAACAGGUCCACUCUGCUCAGCCCAUCAGACACUACAAACCUGUAACCGUGAAGAAGAGUGAGCUUCCUCUCACAGUCCCCCACUCACCCAACUUCUCUGACCGCUUCCGCUUGUGAUCGGCCUGCCUCACUCCACGCUGUAGAGAUCGGCAUAUUCUAAGCCUUCAGAUGUUUUCUCUCUGUAAUGAUUUUUACAAACUUCUGGAUUCAGUCGCUUUUUUCUUUGUUCCAUGGUGAGCUUUAGAAUGUAAUAACAUGCUGUAUAUUCUCUACCCUUUUCUAUCUUAACUGACAAGCGAUUUACAGUUUGUCUCUGUCUGUCUCUCUUUUUAUCAUAAAACUCUUCUUUUAAAUAAAAGUUAUAAAAUAUUACCAA